CUCCCCGAUCCUCGAGCAGGACGUACGACAGCGGAGAGGGACAGCUCGACACCACAGGACCGACCCAACAAGAAGAGAUCCGGAGGAUUCCGCGCUUUUUUUCCCAUCCCGUAAUAACCCUGAAUCGCCAUGGAGCUUUUCGAGACCAACCCCUACUUCUUCCCAGACCAGCGCUUCUACGAGGGGGGGGACAACUACUUCCAGGGCAGGCUGGCGGGGGGGUACGACCAGAGCGGGGGCUACCAGGACCGGAGCUCCAUGCUGGGGCUGUGUGGGGACGGACGCCUGCUGUCGGGGGGCGUGGUGGGGGGGCUGGAGGAUAAAGCGUCCCCCCAGGCCGGUAUGGGGGUCCCCCUGUCGCCCCUCCAGGACCAGCCCCACUGCCCCGGCCAGUGCCUGCCCUGGGCCUGCAAGGUGUGCAAGCGCAAGUCGGUGACGAUGGACCGGCGCAAGGCGGCCACGCUGCGGGAGAAGCGGCGGCUGAAGAAGGUGAACGAGGCGUUCGAGGCGCUCAAGAGGAGCACGCUCAUGAAUCCCAACCAGCGGCUGCCCAAGGUGGAGAUCCUGCGCAGCGCCAUCCAGUACAUCGAGCGGCUGCAGGCCCUCGUCAGCUCCCUCAACCAGCAGGAGCACGACCCCGCCGCCAUGCACUACCGCCCGCCACAGCCGCCCAGGGUGUCGUCGUCUAGCGAUCAGGGGUCGGGCAGCACCUGCUGCAGCAGCCCAGAGUGGAGCAGCGUCUCGGAACACUGCGCCCCCGCCUACGGAACCGGCCACGACGACCUGCUGCACGAGGACUCUUCGGAGCAGACCAACCUGCGCUCCUUGACCUGCAUCGUGGACAGCAUCACGGACUCCGACACCGCUCCCAUCUCCUACCCGCUGGACAUUUCCAAAUGAGCCACACGGCACGGCCGAACACACCCAUCCACCCCAAACAGCAGUACUACCUAGCGACAUGAGAGGGAGCCAAUCACAAGCCUUCAGACACCAGCGAGACAGCCGUUAGGCCGUUUGUUUUUAUUAUUUCCAUUAAACCCUGUGGUCCACGAGUUUUCCAAAGCGUUGAUCUUUUCCCUCGGGGAACGCCGGGAAGAGAAGUAGGGCGAGAUGGGCUUUUCCUUCCCCACUUAAUGCAGAUCUGUGUUUUUGUGUUUUCUCCAUUUUAUGUGUGUGUGUGUGUGUGUGUGUGUGUUGCUUACCAAAGAGGGGUAAAUUGUGCGGGGCCAAUAUUUUAUUUAGCAGUUUUGACCAAUUUCUGUGUAACUGGACGCUUGUCCUGAACUCCAGUGAUGUAAAUAUGUUCCUUUUUCUACAGAGUGCUUUUGACAGUUUAUUUUUUAUUUGUUUGUUUUUUUUGCUAAGUUAUUUGGACUUUUAUAAUAAAGAUUGUUGUGUAUUUCUGUAUUUGAUUUCAGA